UGUGUGAGGGGUAGGACUCUCCGUGACACAUGUCGUACAGACGUUAAAGCAGGACUUAUUAACAGCAGCAACAUCGAUAAACCAACAAUGGGUUACCUGCCAGUACAGUUAUGGAUAAUUUGUCUGUGGAUCGCCCCAGUGCCAGGCCAAGAUAUAGGCAUGUUGAUUUCACGAUCCGGAGACUUCUUUGAUCCCGGCUUUCUAGAGGCUAUCCCAGGAACUCCAGCAGACAUUAAUAAUGACAUAGAAACAUCUAUCACCGCUGAACCAAACUCUUUCCAAUUACAACACGAUACUGACGCCACAGACAUGACGUCAUUGGUCAAUGACCCUUUUGACGAGACGCUGUACUAUCUAGAGAAGGACACACGAAGCAUCUAUAGAAUGGAUAACUUCGAUCUCCAGUUUUCGAACCCAAAUCGCACUGUCACAAGUGUCCAUGCUGGGAUAUCCGAAACCUCCAUGAGCAUCGCUUUUGAUUGGAUAAGGAAAAAUUUGUACUGGGUAGACGCUCAUCACGGAUGGGUCUGUUUACAACCAGCAAACACAAACGACUCUACCAUGUACGCAGUGAUCGUCAACGGUCUUUCAUAUCCUUCAGCAAUAGCAGUCGACGCGACAGAGGCGAAAAUGUUUUAUUUUGAUAUGCUGUCCAGCAGUGGCCGCAUAACAUCGGCUACUUUGUCUGGGGACUCUAAACAAGUGAUCACUCACCGGACUCUCGGGCUUGUGUCCAGCCUGGUCGCAGACCCCACCGAGAAACUCCUUUAUGUAUUGGACGCCGAACGAAUGCUCAUGGAGUCGAUGACAUAUUUUGGUAACGACCGCCGAGUCAUCAGGAAACUGACGGGAUAUAACAUAAUGUCAAUGGCAAUCACUAAGGACGAUGUCUGCGUUGCUGAGCCUCAGAGUUACUUUGUCGUCUGCUUUACAAAAAUUGAUGGAUCGAUCAGCCUCUUCCUGUCGUACUGGUUCCACAGUCCUGUUGCCACGUCAUAUUACGACAAGUCAUUCUUAGUUACAGAUCAGACAGAUGGCUGUAAGGACAAGGGAUGUCAACACAUAUGUGCAGCCAAUGGUACCAACGGACAUGUAUGUCUCUGUAAGGAGGGAUACACACUGAACAGUGACAACAAGACAUGUACAGAGGAUCAUUACCUGCAUCCAGCAGGUGUCCUGUUCAGUAACGGUACCCACAUCUGUAUGUCCGAGGUCAGAAUUAUGUCUGGAGGCAAUCUCGCCCCUAUCUGUAUCACCGCAAACUUCACCAAUGUACUCCACCUGGCGGCGGAUGCUAGAACGAAUACAGUGUUUUACUACGACAAAGCUGAUGGCGAUAUCACUGCACAUGAUAUUAUCACUGGAACGACAACCGUUAUUGCUUCCGCUGGCAAUGUGACAGGACUUGUAUACGAUUGGAUCGAUAAAAACCUCUUCUGGGCCGAGGCAGACACUGGACGUAUACGAGUAGUUAACAUAAAUGACAAAGCAAGUGCGGUUUUAUAUUCCGGAAUCACAGGCCUUGGUCCUAUAGCAAUUAGUCCACAUAACAAAACCCUGUUUUGGAUGGCAGAGUCUACAGAUGGGUCUGUCUCUGUGCAUGCUGGAAGUUUGGACGGAAUGACCUCUAAUGUUAUUGUACGACCUGAUGAUACCUUCUAUCCAACAGCUAUGUACGCAGAUCCGGCCACCGGAAGACUUUUCUUUUUGGACUUAUUCAUGCUGACAGCAGUGAAUCCUGACGGAAGUGAUCCGGUAUAUUUAUACACCCAUGCUACAACGUUUGAUCUAGUCAUUUAUAAGAGGUAUGCCUUGUGGAUCUCCGAUACAGACGGAUUGCUGUAUGGAACCUCCUACCUCAAUCCAAACAAAGACACCAUACUUCACCACGAAGAGUUUGGACAGGUCACAGCUAUGGCAGUCUUCGACAUCUCACUUCAAAAGCUGGAAUUAAGUGUCUGCAGCAGGGUUCCAAAUGGUGGGUGUGAUGAUAUAUGCCUCCCGUCUGACGCUGGACCAAUAUGUAAAUGUAGUUUUGGUUUACAUCUGCAUACCGACAACAAAACGUGUAUUUCAGUACCUAUGAUGGAAAACUUUCUCCUUAUUACGGAUAUAACCAACAAUAAACUUUACCAAACAUCACUUGCUGAUGGGAGCAAUAUCACGCUUCUGGAAAGUGAGCCAUUUUUCUACGCAACGGGGUCUGCAUACAACCCUGCUGAUGGCAAGAUUUAUAUCACAGAUGGUUCAUCUGACUCUAUAUUCAGCAUGUUUCCCAACGGUACCAACAGGACAACGAUCGUCCAGUUCCCGGGUAUGACCCCAGAACGACUGGCAUUUGAUACCUCCAGUGGCUAUGUGUACUACAGCGUGUCCGAUCCCUUCAGUUUUUUUGCCACUGGUUACAUAGGCGUGUAUCAUCCAUCCAAAGACUUACAUAAGAUUCUCGUAGAAGGAUUGGAGUUCCCAAGAGGUCUGGCGGUGGUUCCAUCGGAAGGAUUGCUGUUUUUUGCGGAUUACGGAUCAUUCAGCUCAUCCAUUGAGCGUGUGUGGAUGGAUGGUACAAACAGGACGACAAUUGUGCCAGCUUCAGACGAAGUUGUAGCGCCGACCGGCUUGACCUUGGACUAUGCAAAUAAGAGAGUGUACUGGGUAGACAAUUAUAACGAUGACAUCCACAGCUGUGAUUUUGAUGGUGGCAGCUUGACCCUUAUCCUGAUGGAGCCCAGUGGCUACCUGACUGAUAUCGCUUUACAAGGCGGUUACCUCUACUAUGUCGGCACGAAUUUACCAGGAGUACUGAAAGCUGAUAAAACAACCGGAAACAAGGUCUCAUACAUGGGCCAAAUGCCAGAGCUGGGCGCUUUGGGGACAGUUACUAUACAACCAGGCGAUCUCCAGCCAGUGAACCCGGUGUGCCAGAACAACAAUGGAGACUGUAGUACGUUCUGUUUACCCACCCCAUCCUCUCACUCCUGUGGAUGUGAGGAUGGCGUCCUCCUCCUGGACGAUAAGAAAACGUGUCAGGGAGUCAAGAAGGAGUGUCCGAAAAUCAUCCCCUUCGGCUCCCUGGUUCCUGACGCAGAUUGUUUCGCCAUUGAGGGCUAUAAAUGCAGAGUGAGGUGUAGUGAAGGCUAUAGAAGGAGUGCUAAUGUAACUUUCGACACAAUGUCAUGUUUGAGUACUGGUCAGUGGGAAUAUGACGUGAACACUAUCUGUGAACCUAUAACGUGUCCAAGAGAAGUACCUAAUGGUAUUUUAAUGAACGGAUGCGACAAAUCAAUCAACAGCGUGUGCUCAGUGACGUGUGCCACCGAUUUCACACCUGGUCCCACGGGCGCCUUGGUCAGCUGUCAAAAGACCGGCUACUGGACACCUGACAUCUCCACAGUCUGUACACCAAUUAUUAGAUGUAACCCGGUCAUACAGAAUGGUGUCCUGAGUGCUGGAUGUAAAGUGGGGAGUCUGUGUUUCCAUUAACUGUAAUGGUAAUCACGAACUGAGUCCCCAUGUCGUGUCUGUACACUGUCGUAGUGAUGGAUCUAUCAGUGUCAACCCCAACACAGUUUGUCAACCUAUCAAAUGUCCAAACCUGGAUAAUGUCAUGCUGGAGUCGAGUUGUCUGUCAAAUGCUGGUUCUCAAUGUGGAUUUAGUUGUAAAGAUGGCUUCAGUCAUGUCUACAGGGGCC